CAGUUUGUUUGGCGGGAUGCUUUAAUGAUUCAACCUAACGACUUUUCUAAAGUCAUAAUGAUAGAGCUUACGACACUUUUCGAACAGAAUAUUGUCGGUACAGUCAACGACUAGGACUCGUGGAGCGAUACUCGGGUGAAGCUGCCUCCCCGAAACACCGCAACCCUUCAUACAUUAUGCAGGCUUUUGUACCCAAGGCUCGUCGUCCCAAAUUCGAGCUUCGCCUCAAGAUCUUAGAUCUCAACAAUGUCCCCCUGGUCUCAGGAACCUCUUAUGUGAAAUGGCACCUUCCCCUGUCGACGUCCGCGGAGCACCGUGGCCGAACUUCAAAGAGUAUGAUCAAGGAGCAUAAGGUGAUCUGGGACUAUGAGAAGACUUUACAUGUCCGGCUAGUCGUAGAUAAACAUGGGAUGCUACAAUCUUCCGAGAUUCAUUUUGAAGUUGUCCAAGUAUAUGCUUCUGGAAGCAAGGGAGAGAGCAUCACGCUUGGGCUCGUGAAGCUCAAUCUAGCCGAGUACGUCGCAGAAAGCGACACCAAUGAUGAAUCAGCUAUGGUUCGACGAUAUCUCAUGCAAGACAGCAAGAUAAAUAGUACUCUAAAGAUCUCCAUUUACAUGAAACUUCUUGAGGGCGAGAAGAACUUUAUUGCUCCACCAUUGAGAUCAGCACCGGUGUUUGGCGGUAUCGCUGGCAUCAUUGCCAACGAGCAAAGCGAGCAACAGGACGAGCGUGGGCAAAUCCCGUCCAUCGCCAAAUCCCGCGAGACUGAGGCACAACAAGACAUAUACCGUCAGACUCUGGCCGCGUGGUGGUCAGCGCCAGCCAAUGAGUUGCCCGCUGAUCAGUGUGUCGAGAAUAUCUUUGCGGGUGGUACAGGUUGGGAGAGAAAACCCACGCAUCGAAGUCAGCGAAGCAAGACCAGUAUUGGAGAGAGCAGCGACUCAAUGAGCGAUGGUGAAGGAAGAAGAUCUAGCCGCCACCGGCGCGACAAUUCCGGCUUCGGCGCUUCCAGCGUAAAGUCAAACUCUCGGCUGGAUGCUGAAGGUGAUGCCACGACAACUUCCGCUAGUCAGCAGAGCAGUGGCCCACCAAGGCUAGGACGGCAGGCUCGCAAUGUUGUUGAUGAAUUUGAUGCUCGUGAAGAUUUGCGGAGUUGGCAAAUUCCAUCGCACGAUUGACCUAUUUUGCCAGAUGAAUAUACCACAACCAUGUCCGCUAUUAUAAUUUUAUUACUCAACACUUACCUCUAUUCCCGAAUUUCC